AUGGAAUCCUGUCCCGUGGGCUUUCAAGAAAAGAACGGCAGUCCUCCUUCCUUUUGCUCCCCUGCCAUUAACUGCGCCCUCGCUGGUUCACUCCCCCCUCUCCUCUCGAAGGGGUUUCCGAUCCCGCCGCAAAUGCCGAGGCCUCGGCGGCUCUACGACGACCUCGACGCCUCCCCGGGAGACGACUCCCGCUGCCGCCGCAGUGACGGCCGCAAAUGGCGCUGCCACAAGCGCGCCAUGGACGGCCUUACCUUCUGCGAAUACCACUACAUCCAGACCCGUUCCAACAUGGAGAAGCACAAGGCCUCCGCCGCCCGCAAAUCGAACAGAGCCGCCGGGGAACCUCCGUCGAGGAAGCGCAGGAAGAAGGCAGAACUCCUGGCGGAGCACCCGAUCGCUCCCAAACGGAGGAUGAAACGGGAAGAGGAGAGUGGGGAGGGAGAGGCCCGGACCACGAGGGUUCUUCCCAACGGGCUGAUGACCAUCGCGACGCCUUCCGUUGGUGGCCGUCAGGAAGAGGGCGGUUCUGUGGAUCGGAAGGUAGGGUUUGAGGAUGGGUGCUUGCUCACAAGGAGGUGCAUUCGGUCCAAGAACGCUGAGCCGAUUCCGGUGGCGACAAUAAAGAAUAUACCUUGUGGAAGGGGUCCGGGAAUGGGAAGGAAGAGGAUCUGCCACAGUUGUAAGGAGAAGAACGUGGUGAAAAUGGUUCGGUGUUUGAGCUGUAGGAAGAGGUUCUUUUGCUCUCGUUGCAUUAAAAAAAGGUACUCUGGUAUGCUUGAAAAGGAGGUAAAGAUUGCUUGUCCUGUUUGUCGCGACUGUUGUGAUUGCAAAGCAUGUUCUAGAAGUCCAGCUAAAGAUGGUUAUAAGGAUCUUGAAAUUGUUCAGGAGCAUAGGAAGAUUGAGUGUGCCGAUAGUGAUGAGAUUUCUCUUGUCGAUGUGAAGACUGUCUACCCUGUUUGUCAUGGACAAUUGGAUUGUCCGACUUGUUCUCCUCUUGGAGCUAAAGAAGACAGGCAUAAGGAACUGACAAAUGGUCAAAACAAGUUUAAUAAUAAGGAGCACACAUAUAGCUUGAUAUCUGAAUUGCUUCCCUUGCUGAAACAUAUCUAUCAGAACCAAUUAAAUGAGCUGGAAGUAAAGCAAGGGGAUCAAGAAGGUGGAUUUUCUGGUGUACUUCUUCGAGUAUAUGAGCCUCACAAUGAGCUUGUUAACUGUAAUUAUUGCAGGACUUCACUAGUGGAUUUUCACAGAAGCUGCUCAAAUUGCUCUUACAAGCUUUGCUUAGAUUGUUGCGGAAAGAUACUAAAAGGAAUUGCUUCUCAUACACCUGCAAUUGAUUCCUCCAAGGCUGGUAGGAGACAAAGGGCAAAGAAGUAUGUCAUCAGUGAAAUUGUUGGGAAAAGACGGAGACGUUCCACAGGCGAGCGACCAGAUAACUCAUCUUUAUCCACCGUUGAGUCUGAUAGCAAGGUUAAGAAUCAUGGAAGCAGCAUUCCUUGCCCACCCAAGGAAUCUGGAGGCUGUGGAAACGGUCUUCUUAAGUUAAGUUGCAGCAUACCAUUUGUUUGGUCUAAUGAUCUCGGCCGCACUGCAGCAGAGGUUGCAUUUAGCAGUGAUCUUCCUCACAGCUUACACACUCGCGCUCAUAGGUCUUCUCUCCUUGAGGACAAAAAGGUUGGGCAUUUUAGUAUUAGUCUGCAAGAAGCCUCUAAUAGUUGAGACUGCCCGUGAUAGUUUCAACAAUCUGUGGAGAAUGCCACAGACAUUGUUACAAGAACAUAAUAAAAUUUUGUAAGUUAUAUAUGUAGAAUGCAGUUGGCAAUUAGAAUGAUGAUGUUAGUUUGAGGCCAUGAAGCAGGAUGCAAGCGUUCGUAGUUGUCUCAGCAUCGAGAGAAGAGGAGAUUAGUGGUCAGCUAGACAAAGUGAAUCCCCAUCUCAGUAGUCUCAUUUGAUUGUGUAUUUUAGUAGUUCUUGAUCUUCUUCUUGUUAUUUCUUUUAGCAGCAAUCACAGAGAAAGCAAGUUUUAGACAA